CAAUGCGACAAGUGCGGGAAGGGUUUCACCAGGAGCUCGAGUCUACUUGUCCAUCAUUCCGUCCAUACCGGUGAGAAACCUUUCAAGUGUGACAGGUGUGGGAAGGGCUUCAGCCAGAGCUCAAAGCUCCACAUCCACCAGAGAGUCCACACCGGAGAGAAGCCGUAUGCGUGCGAGGANUGUGGUAUGAGCUUCAGUCAAAGAUCCAACCUGCAUAUCCACCAACGUGUCCACACGGGGGAGAGGCCCUACAAGUGCGGGGAGUGCGGAAAAGGCUUCAGCCAGAGCUCGAACCUCCACAUCCACCGGUGCACCCACACGGGAGAGAAGCCGUACCAGUGUUACGAAUGUGGGAAAGGCUUCAGCCAGAGUUCAGACCUUCGGAUCCACCUCCGAGUACACACCGGGGAAAAGCCCUACCAGUGCGGCAAGUGUGGGCGGGGCUUCAGCCAGAGCUCCAAACUCCUCAUCCAUCAGAGAGUCCACACCGGCGAGAAGCCAUAUGAGUGCAGCAGGUGUGGCAAGGGCUUCAGCCAGAGCUCGAACCUCCACAUCCACCAGCGGGUUCACCGCAAGGAGCUUCACUAAGUAACAUGAGCCCACUCAGAAGACUUUUAUUGUAAAGAUAAAUAUUUUUCACGGCCGAGUGUGCAUAUCAGAGGCAGCAUGCUUGCCUAGCAUGUAUCAGACCCUGAAUUUGAGCCCUGGUACGCCACACACACACACACACACACAGACACACACGGUUUCCAGCUUAAUACCCUGUGCGUGUAGGAAUGUGUGUUCAUGCAGAGAGGGGUAUGUGUGUUGUGCUGGUGUGUGCAUGCAUGUGUGCACGCACGUGUGUGGACGUCUGAGGAUAUCUCAGAUACUUACCACAUUCUAUGUGUGAGACUGGGCAUCUGUCUGUCACGCAUGGUGUGGAAUGUCACCAAGUAAGCUAGGCCAGAGUNCCAUGGAUCUAACUGUCUCCACUUCCCAGCUCACCGUGGCUAGGGUUGCACAUGUGUGCCACCACAUCCAACCUUUUUAUGUGGAUUCUGUCUCUAGCUUUCUAGACAAGAGCUUUGCUGCCUAAG